AUGGGGCGCUGGGCGUGGCUGGCUCUGCUUCUCUUGGGCCUGGGGGUGCUUGCAGCCAGAGACCAGGCCUGGAAGAAGAAGAAGCUGGUGCAGGAGAUGGAGCACCUGUUCACAAUGGAGGAGCUUGGCCACGCUCAGGGCCCACCCCAAAGCCCGCCGGGAUUUAUGCUGGACCUCUUCCAGAGGGUGGCCUACCCCAGUGGGAUCACCAAGGACCCACACAUCCUCAUAGGCAACAUGGUGCGAUGCUUCCAGGAGAAGGUGCACGUAAACCAUUCCCAUUUUUUCUUCAUCAUCUCCUCUGUGGGCAAGCACGAGAAGGUUCUGAGAGCUGAGCUCCAUGUAUUCAAACUUCAGCAUGUGCAAAAGACCUCCGUGCCUGGCAAGGCCCACCAUUACCACAGGGUGGAAGUGCAUGAGAUCCUGGGCUCCACCCUGGAGUCCAAGCGAGGGAGCCUUCUCUCCGCCAGGGACCUGCCUCUCACCUCCUAUGGCUGGCUGGUGUUUGGUGUCACCCAGACAGUAACAGGGAGGGGCUCAGUGGCCAGGCUGCAGGACCUGGGGACUCUCCACGACCUCAGGCUCAGGCUGGUGGGCUCCAAUUCGCUCGGCCUGAAGCUCAGUCCUGGAGAGCACAGGGCGUGUGCUGCGGGAUGUUGUUCCCAGGUGGCCUCCUGGAUCCAGGGCCAGGACUUGGCCAGGAGCUUUUUGGUGCUGACCACAAAGAACGUGGGCAAGCUGCUGACAUACAGCUAUGGCGGGAUCAACCGGAAGUGGAAUGGGAAAGACAAGAGGAACUCCUUGCUGGUCAUCUGUACCAACAACCAGGACAAGGAGCCUCCCCGCAAGGACUACGCCACCCUGCCCACUGAGCAUCUGCCCCUGCGGGAGCCACCUUCAAACUACCCCAGGCAACCACGGAGUGUGAGACACAGCUCCAGGAGGCCUGUGGGCUGCCAGAGGUACCUGCUGUACGUGGACUUCCAGACCAUCGGCUGGAGGAGCUGGGUCAUCUCGCCUCCUGGCUACCAGGUCAACUACUGCAAGGGCCAGUGCAUCCACCCGCUGGGCCACAGGAGCAACGCCUCUAAUUAUACCUUCUUUGUGUCCUUCCUCUGCCACUUCAAGAUGAACCCCAACAUCUCCAGACCCUCCUGUGUCCCCAACAAGCUCAAUUCCAUCAGUCUCCUCUACUUCAAUGAGCAGAAGGUGGUGGUACUGUGGCAGUACACGGACAUGACUGUGGACAGCUGUGGCUGCCACUGA